AUGGACGACGGCGGGGGGAGUGAGGCGGCGGCGGCGGCGGCGGCUGCGGCGGCUGCGGCGGCGGAGGAGGAGGAGGAGGAGGAGGAGGAGGAGGAGGAGGAGGAGGAGGAGGAGGAGGAGGAGGAGGAGGAGGAGGAGGAGGAGGAGGAGGAGGAGGAGGAGGAGGAGGAGGAGGAGGAGGAGGAGGAGGCGGCGGCAGAAGAGGGUGGAGCGAGGAGCGGAGGCGCGGCGUGGCACCAGGCGUGCAGAUCGUCGAUUGCGACGGGCACGUCCUCCAUGUGCCCGCGGAACCCGUCGUGCGCGCAGCAACCCGACCGCACGCCCGCCGCAGCCGCCAUUUGCCGCUCGCUCUGA